GAAUCAUGGUGAGAUGGUUCUUUGUAUCGAGUAAGGUUUGACAUUUGACUAGUAUUAUUAAAUUAAUAUUUAAUUUAAAUUUUGAACUUCAAAAUAUUAGUACUUCAUUUUAUUUAUUGUAACAUUUUAAAUCUGUACUGUAUAAUGUUGCCAACUGAGAGAGUAGUUUUUUCUUUUCCAGGGACCUAGCUUUAUGAGUUAGAUUUUUUUCCCCUCUGCAUUCAGUAACUUUGUCCAUCAAAAGCUGUUCAAAUAAAAAUACAUUACCUAGUAAUUUUGCAUUUGCUGAAAUUUGAACCUGGUCUCAAUUGCUUUUCAUCUAUGUUGCUUAGACUCUUCAAAAAAUGCGGAUGUGUGUCGGAUUCUCCAAAAGUAAUGUAUUUUUGAAAAAUCUGAUACGGGUGCAGCAUCGAAAAAGAAAGUCCGGGCAACUUAGGUUUUCAUCCUACUUCAUGCACCACUAAUACGCACUCUUGUGUUUGCAUUAUGUAUUCUACAAAAUGUGCUCAGGUUCAAUCAUUUGUGUGAUCUUAACUGUAUUCUUUCUACUUUUUUGGCUUAAAGGAAAUUGGAAGCUGUAAAGUUAGAUGUAAUAUAAGUUAUAGUGUUCAUUUGGAGAAAUGAAACAUUGGGGUCUGCCUUGCAACAUUAUUGAUUGUAGCACUAAACUUUGACCCAAGAAAAUUUUUGAAAAUGAAAAAAUGUCACUGACAGGAAAUUUGGUGUUGCUGUUUACUGAAUAGCAAGAUAGAAAAGCUUGAUAUCUUCUUAACAAGCUAUUAUUUGAAUAUUGAACGGCUAAAUCAUGGGUUACAACUUUGAAGUUGCUGGAAUUGUACUCUACAUGAGGUGAAUGAGCAGGCAAAAGUGAUGAAGACACAUGUGAAUAUGGUGAAAGGAAGAGGUCCCAGUCAGGUGAAUGGCCAACAGGUUGCUUUUGAACUUAAACAACGUGUUGUUAUUGCAUUGAACAAGCUUGCAGAUAGGGAUACUUACCGACUUGGAGUUGGAGAGCUAGAGAAAAUAAUUGAAUGCUUAACCCCCGAUGCAGUCGCUCCAUUUCUAUCUUGUAUAUUAGAUACUGACUCAGGGCAGAAAAGUGCUGUUCGUAAGGAAUCUAUCCGGCUGAUGGGCACGCUAGCCAAUUUCCAUGAAAGUAUUGUUGUUCCACAUCUUGGGAAGAUGGUAGCCAGCAUCGUUAAGCGUCUCAAGGACUCGGAUACUGUUGUAAGAGAUGCGUGCGUGGAUACUGUUGGCGUUUUGGCUUCUAAAAUGAGCAGUGUUGCAGGUGACAAUGAAAAUGAUGGAGCUUUUGUGGUGCUAGUGAGGCCUAUUUUUGAAGCAUUGGGAGAGCAAAAUAAACAGGUGCAAACUGGUUCAGCUCUGUGCUUGGCUCGGGUCAUAGACAGUAUUCAGAACCCUCCAGCUAUCAUUUUGCAGAAGAUGCUGGCUAAAACUGUCAAGUUGCUUAAGAAUCCACACUUCAUGGCUAAGCCAGCUGUUAUUGAAUUGAAUAGAAGCAUAAUUCAGUCUGGUGGUGCAAGUAAACGUAGUGCUUUAUCAACUGCAAUGACUAGCAUUCAAGAAGGACUUAAAAACAGUGAUUGGGCAACAAGAAAAGCUGCAUGUGCAGCAUUAGGGGACAUUGCUUCAGUUGGUGGAGCAUUCUUCAGUGCUUUCAGAUCCUCCAGCAUCCGGACCCUUGAAUCCUGUCGAUUUGAUAAGGUGAAACCAGUCAGGGAGUCCGCAUUGCAAGCUUUACACAUGUGGAAAAGGCUUCCUGGCGCUGGUGCAUCUGAACCUUCCGAAGUAGGCUCUUCCAUAAAAGAAAAUCUGUACAAAGAUGACUAUGGUGAUAUAACACGUGCCAGUGAGUCAACAGUGAAGGAUGUCACACCUAUGAAGUUUGGUUGUGACACUGUUAGAAACAAGCUUCGCCUUUCUUUGAGAAAGGCAGGCCAUAACCAUGUUGAAAAACCUCAGCGGUCCGGAGCUGAUGAGUGGCAUGUAGAGAUAGCGGUUCCAAAAACCCGUAAGAUAUUUAUGUCAGAAGUUCGGGAUGAAGAAUCAGAGGGUAGUUCUGUUACGAAGGCAUUUGAAAAAGGUGCUGAGACUAGAAAUUCUCACGAUGUUGAAUAUGAAUAUGUGCACAUAGAUGACAAACAGGAAUGCUCUUCUGGGUCAAAUCUGUUUCCUGAUAACUUUCAUGGCAAAGAAGUUGUGGGUUCUCACGAGGUAAUUGCACCAUUGGGAGCAAGUCGGCGUUCCGCAGUUGAAGAAAUCAGUAUUGAGGAACAACGAUAUUUGUCUGGAAUGCAGGACCAAAGAAGCUUAGAUUCAACAGUUACUGAAUUGAGUUCUCCAAAAUUGCAUGGCUGUUGUUCUCACAUAGCAAAGGAAAUGAAAUAUGUCAGAAAGCAGCUUUUAGAUAUUGAAAAUAAGCAAUCCAAUUUACUGGAUUUAUUGAAGGAGUUCACAUCCAACAUUGUGGAUAACCUAUCAAAGAUACAAAUAAAGGUGUCUGGUCUUGAAGGCAUGGUUGAUAGAAUGACCAAGGAACUUUCUCAUGGUGGGAAAUUUCCUGAUCCAGCAACAACAAAAUUUAUGAAAAGAAGUCCUGCUUUUGUUUCCCCAAGGCUCUCCACAUAUACCCCAAGGCCAUCUGUUGAUAUACCUCAUAGAAAGUCUCCAUUACUGACCACCAAAGAUGUGGAGGUUCGGGGGGAUAGGACACUUGUGAAGAGCAGAUCAAGAAGUUUUAGAAAUCAAAAUCUGGACAUGUGGAUCGAUCCUGCUGCAAAAGAAGGUGGAUAUCCUAUUGGAAAUGGCAUUCACCAAAAUAAUGGACAAGGAACAUAUGGAGGACAGUUGAGGAGAAAUAAAGAUGUCUUUGGCAGAAUUUGUACCACUAAUGACAAACAAAAUCACUUAGAUGCCAAGAAUAACCUCUGGGGAGUUGUUAAAGGACAUCUAUUGGCUAGGGAUGUGAACUCUGCUUAUGUGGAAGCCCUUUAUUCUGGUGAUGAACUUGUUUUGUUUGAACUUAUUGAUACAACAGGGCCGGUUCUGGAGAAUUUAUCCCAAAAGACUGCAAGUGAUCUUUUGGCCACUUUGGCGUCAUACUACUUCGAACAAACUUAUGUAAAUAGCAUAACUCCCUGGCUGCAACAGGUGGUGGAAUUGAGUUCUGUUCAAGGACCAGAUUAUAUUGUUCUCCCUACAAAUGCAAAGCGGGAAUUUCUUUCUGCAUUUCAGGAAUCGGUAAAGGGCGGAUAUUCCGCCCCAGCAGAGAGAAAAUCUUUGAUGCAGUUGGCAAUGACUUUAAACCAAAUUUGGGGAAAAAAUGAACCAUAGCAUGUCAAAGAACUGUUGGUUCUGUCUGGUGUAAUUUGGAACUAAGCUUACAGACAAGUUGAAUACUAUAGAAUGGAUUUGCGGGGAAAUGAAUUUUGAUGUUUAGAAGAGCUACUCUUUUCUUUUUUCAACUUCUCAACUCUACCUGAAUAUGCAGAACGGAAGGUUCUAGUUAAAAGAGUGUCAAGACAGUUCAUGAAUCUGUGGUUUGGUUUAGUUCAUUUCUCAGUUUCUUUGACUAUGCUGUUUAAGCAUUGACAUGUCAAGACAUAUAAGCCACGAACAUCAAGUGUUCAUUAGGUAAUGGUGUACAGUUGAAAUUAAACAAUACUUUUAUGUGUUAC